GUGAGUUUGCAUUCGUUGUAGCAUAAACACAAACUCUAGAAGACUUUUGGCUCAAGAAAAUGGCUAAAUCGAUCAUAGAUUACAACGCAAACGUCGUAGCUGCAACUACAACGAACAAAGCGCAAUCUGCGCCCCAAAAGCCGCCGAAAAAGGCGCGUCGCACGAAAAAGAAACGUGGCGGCGCUGCCUGUACUUUACCGAAAGUACCCGAGGAGACAGUCGAAGACCAAGAAACGAGUGUGGCUGUUUUCAGGUCGCAGGUUAUACCGUUGGAGCGCCCACAGCAAAGGGAUAUGGCUACAAGCACGGAAGAAAUCGAGGAAAUAGAUCGGAAGCAGACGGAGACAGUGAAUUCCGGUGAAUUUCCACCCGAAUACUUAAUUAAACAUCCCUUGCAAAACACUUGGACUCUGUGGUAUUACGAGCCCGACAGGAGUAAAUCAUGGGAGGAGAGCCAACGGGAAAUCACGAGUUUCGAUACGGCCGAAGAUUUCUGGAGUUUGUACAACCACAUAAAAACAGCUUCUGAAUUAAGACAAGGUUGUGACUAUAGUAUGUUUAAGCAAGGAAUUCGACCUAUGUGGGAAGAUGAUCAAAAUAAAUGUGGUGGUCGAUGGCUAAUAAAUCUAGAGAAGAAACAACGUUCUACAGAUCUAGAUAAUUUUUGGUUAGAAAUCUUACUUUGCAUGAUCGGAGAAGCCUUCAAUGAGUAUUCAGAUGAUGUGUGUGGAGCUGUAGUAAAUAUUAGAACAAAAGGAGAUAAAAUUGGAAUUUGGACCUCAAAUGCAAAUAGUGAAGAUAGUGUUAUGGAAAUUGGCCGCAAACUAAAAGAAAGAUUAAGAAUUACACCUAAAAUGAGUAUGGGAUAUCAAGCACAUAAGGAUACUAUGGUCAAAGCUGGAAGUCAAACAAAAAAUACUUAUACGCUUUAAAUAUCUUUUCUUUUUUAUUUUAAUACUUAUAUUAAAUAAACUUUAAAUUUACAUAUAUAUAUAAAUAUAUAUAUAUAUAACCCCUAUAUUGUCCAGUAAGGUAUUAAUCUCGGAAAUUAGCAAAUAAUAUUAUAUUUACAGAGAUAUUUAAAACAUAAGUUUGCAUUAUAUAUUGAGAAAAUUAAAUCUCGAAUAUGUUACAUCGCAAUUAUGGUUAUCUUUCCAUAAUAAUGAAAUUAGGCGGAAAAAUAAUUAAAUUAUUAAUUAAUAAUUUGACAUGUAAUAUACAACCUUAUGUUGAAAUGCGUGGUGUAGAGUUUACGUUCAGGUAUAGUUUAUGAAAGAUAUGCGCGGACGACUGUAUUUUUUUGUGACUGGUGAUAAUUCGUAAUUAUGAUGAGUUUAUAUGCUUGGAUGCGUUUGUGUAACUUCAUCUUUGAGCAAAUAAAUUCUUGUAAUUUCUUGUAA